GUCAACAACAUUUUUUUUUCUCGGUCACGAAAAAUGUUGGAAAGAAGGAAAAAAAUUUGGCCGGGACCGUUGAUAGAGUUUGGCGGCUGAGUUCCCUCCUCCGGUCCUCCUGGCGCCGCGUUCUGCCAUUUCCAACGGCGUCCUCAACUCAGAGCAAUAAAAAGAAAGUGUCAAACCAGUUAAGAGAUAGACUCAGCAGUUCUGCUCCCCUUGCAGCGAUAUUCUUCUCUUCGCCGUCCCGAGAGUGAGGUUGACGACAGGAUGCACGCGGAGCCGAAGGCUGCAAGACCUCGUCUUGACCGGCGGAACGCGAUCAACAGUAACGAUUACACGGCGUAUUCCGACUCGACGCCGUCCUCUCCCAUCAACGACCUGUCAACUCCCAGGAUCCGAUCGCUUGAAUUUCUCUCGCCAUCUGACUUGAAGAGCUUCCGGAUCGGAGGAGACGAGGGCGAGAUUGAUUUGAUUUGCCGCUCUCUGGGGAUUUCCCCGGAAGAUUUCGCUAUACCGGAUGCUGCUUGGGGGGCUCUCAGAGCUUCCACCACGGUGAGGAGGUCUAGAUUUAUCCGUAGUCCUAGGGUUCACAUUACGAAUGCUGAUGAACUGGCGAUAUCUCUAGGGGUGCCUGAACAUGAAAUUAGGGUUUCAAUGGGCGAUGGAUUUGAAAUCAAUGAUAGUUCCCCGAGAUUAGCUUCCACCAAAGAACCUGCUGGUGAUAGUUUGAGCCAAGCUUGUGAUUCUGGUAGGAGUUUUUGUCACCCUAGCGAUGCGAAUUGUGUUCAUAAUGUGGGGAUCCCGGCCGAUUCACAAGACCGGAGAAUUGGGGAUUUGGGGAAUGCAAUUGACAGUGAAAGAAGAAGUAAUGAAGAUGAUGGUUCCCACUUCUUGAGAACAGAAUAUCUGCACACUGUCUCAGUUCAUGGUUCUUUCAGGUGCAGCAAAAAGAAUUGGCAAAAGGGUGACUUUCUUGGCAGUGGAUCGUUCGGAACCGUCUAUGAAGGCUACACGGACGAUGGCUUCUUCUUUGCUGUAAAGGAAGUUUCUUUACUUGCUGCAGGAAACCAAGGCCAGCAAAGCAUUUAUCAACUUGAACAGGAGAUUUCACUUUUAAGUCAGUUUCAACAUGAAAACAUUGUUCGUUAUCUUGGAACAGAUAAGGGUGACAACAAACUCUAUAUCUUCCUUGAACUUGUAGCUAAGGGUUCGCUCAUGAGUCUUUACCACAAGUAUCAACUGCACAAUACCCAAGUUUCUUUGUACACUAGGCAAAUUUUGAGUGGAUUACAUUAUCUUCAUUCUCGCAACGUGAUUCAUAGGGAUAUCAAGUGUGCCAACAUACUGGUGGACGUUAAUGGUUCCGUGAAACUUGCAGACUUUGGGUUAGCAAAGGCAACAAAACUGAAUGACAUAAAAUCUUGCAAAGGAACUGCAUUUUGGAUGGCCCCAGAGGUUGUUAACCGGAAAAACAAUGGAUAUGGGCUUGCAGCUGAUAUAUGGAGCCUCGGAUGCACUGUUUUGGAGAUGUUAACCGGUCAACUUCCGUACUCCAACUUAGAUGGGAUGCAAGCACUGUUCAGAAUUGGGAGAGGCGAACGCCCGCAUAUACCUAGUUCAGUGUCAAGAGAAGCUGAGGAUUUCAUUGUUAAAUGCUUACAAGUUAACCCAGCUGAUCGGCCUACGGCUGCUGAACUUUUGGAGCAUCCAUUUGUGAAGACAGCAAGAAGACAUUGAUUGACCUUCCCGGUUUAAGCGAUGAUUCCCAGAAUCAUUUGGAGUUGGUUUAUGCUGUACUUGUUUCAGAUUCUAUGUAGAAAUCAGAUGAUGUUGCUAAUUUUAAGAAGUAAAUAACAUCCAAUUCGUCAUUACCAUCCACAGUACUUCAUAAAUUACUAGUUUUGGU